AUGGCGUUUACUCCCAUCCAAGCUCCGUCCUCGCAGAAGCCAGCCUUGGGUUCCAGGGACGUGGCAAUACACAAUAUGAUUAGAGAUCAGUUCACCGUCUCUACCUGGCUCUUGCUCGGCGCGGGACUCCAGGGCUUGCUGGCUUUGAUUCUCCCCGCCCGAUAUGCCCUCCUACCUGCCGUCACCAUUCUCGCGUUACGCUCCAUCGAUACCUUGCUACAGACGUGUGGAAUCACCAAGGAUCGCGCAGCAGAGGGGGUGAUCAGAGGUAAAUUCAGUGCGCAAAUCCCUGACCGGGAGGGAAACAUCCCUUUAGAACCCGCGGAGCAGGAAAUCGUGCUCCUUCAUCUGGCGACGCGGUCGAAUCAUCCGCUGGGUAUGAUGGCGCCUGGCUACAAAGAAGUGAUAGAUUACAUGGGCAAAUUGCUGGCUGAUCUCGACCGCAACUCACACGAGAAUGGCUAUCUCGGUUCUACCGGCUGGAUCCCCUUCACGGAACGCAAGACUUCGAAUCAGAUCAUGGCUGCUGUAUACUUUCGGUCGUACAAGGAUCUGCAUGACUUUGCACACGGCGCAAUGCACCUCGAGACCUGGACGUGGUUCACCUCCAUCUCACGGCGGUACCCGCAUCUCAGUAUCAUGCAUGAGACAUAUGUUGCGCCCAAGGGACACCACGAGAAUAUCUAUGUGAACAACCACCGGACAGGACUGGCUGCGACAAGUGUAAAGGUUCCUAUUAAACCUAUCCAUCCAGGGACAAAUGGGACUGAACAGGGCCUGUUCCGAUGGAUCAGUCCUGUCGUCGAUGCGGGUCGAGGCGUAUUGAAAUCAUCCCGGGGCAGAUUGGGGGCCGCCGAUGGAAGUGACAACGAGGCGUACAAAAUGAAGGAUUAUUAA